GCCACCUCUAAUAAAAUUGUUCUAAUUAGGGUUCCUAAAUACUAAAUCCACGUUCUCUAGGGAAAACUUCCCGCAACCUAUCUCUGCGAGUUAACAUCAGUGAAUUUCAUUGGAUAAAGAUCAUGGAUUACAUGGACUCAGAAACACAAGAACCAGAUGAUUUACCAUAUCUGGAAACAGAGUACGACAUGCCUCCUCCACUUGCUGCCGAAUGCAAAAGUUUCAAAUGGAAAAUAGAAGUUAUAGAUACUGCUGGGAAAAUCGAAGGCAAAAUGAUAACAUCAAAAGAAGUUUGGAAAAUUCAAAAUAGCAAAGUGAUUGUUCAUUUUGACGAAGUUAGUGGCCAGCCAAUCGGAGAGUCGGGAGGUCUACUAGGGUCAUGGUUAGGUCAACUAAGCAAUGAUGUGAAUUUGCUACCCAUUAACUACAGUGACUGGAGAAUGGUUAAUCCUCACAUAAAAAAUAAAGUCUGGGAAGUAAUACAGUCCAAAUUCUGGUUUGAUGAUCCAGCGACGAGAAAAGUGUUUGUGAUGAGUGCAUUAGGUAGCAGAUGCAAAGAUGUCAAACUACGUCUUUGGAAAGAAUACAAGCGAGACAGUCUAAGUGAGACAUUGCUCAAUCGACCAGAAAAUGUUCCUGAAAAUCAAUGGGGUCAUUUCGUUCACAUGAGAUUCACUGAAAAGUGGAAGAAAAUGCAAGAGAGGAAUACAGAAAGCCAAAAGAAAAAUAUCAUGCCUCAUGUAUGUGGAAGAAAAAGUUUUUCAAGGAAAAGAAAUGAUAUUACAAUCAAGACUGGAAAACGACCAUGUCGAGCAGAGUUUUUUAUCGAGACUCGUACAAAACCUAAUGGAAGCUUUGUAUGUGAAGAAGCAAAAACACGGGCGGAAAAACUUACGACGUUGUUGGGCCAAAAGUCACAUGUGACAAACAAUGCUAUUGCUAGUUUGGAUGAUGAAUAUGCACAAGUUUUUGGUCCAGAGCGUCCAGGACGAGUACGGUGUGUUGGUCGUGGACCUACACCUUCAAAAUUAGUGAACCAUUCACCUGUUACGAGACAAGAGAUAGAGAAUUCAGAAAUGGUUAUUGACCUGAAGUCACAAGUGAAAGAAUUAUCAGAUCAAGUCAAGGGAAUGACUACAUUCAUCCAACAAGUAAUUGGUACUUCAACUGGUGAACAGGCAAGAGUAUGGGCUUCAAGUUUUGCUGUAGCUUUUGCUAACAUACCAAACCCAGCUUUUGCCAACGUACCAUCUCCACCAAAUCCAAAUCAGGAACGGAGUGAUGAUGCUGUUAGAGACUAAGACUCAGACGUUGGAAGCAAUGACAGUGAUCUUCAUCAACAUUAGUUUAAUAAUAUUUUCAGUAACUUUCAGUUUAUUUUAUUUUUAUGAAUUUGCAUGAUGGAUUAGUUGAUUUGAUUUCUAAUACUUUAUUUAUUAUCUAAAUCAGGUUUUAUUCAUUUAAUUAAUUUUCCUGCAUUUUUAUAUAUAUUUUAAAUCAUAAAAAUGUAAAUAAAAAUAAUAUUUGUAUCAUUUAUAUAUAAGUGAAAUAUAUUAUAAUCAUUUAUGAAAACUGAUAUAGAUUUAGCAUCAAUUAUAUACAAAUGAUGAUAGAAAUUUAAAUCACUAAAUUGUAAAUGAUACAAUUAUAAAAAUCACUUCUUAAAACUGAUAUAAAUUUAACAUCAAUACGUAAAAUGAUAAUAAUACUUUAAAUCACUUGCUUUAAAUGAUAUAAUUAUUAAAAUCACUUU